CGGAACGACUUGUUCUCACACAAAUGUUCCCCCUCGGAAAGUUUAUUUGGUAGUACACGCUAAAGCUGUUAGCGGAAGAUAAACACAAAAUUUGUUCAUCAUGGCAGAGACUCACAGCUUGCAGGACAUGAGGCAACAGGCAGCCGUUGCUGCCAAAGUCUUCAUUCAGAGAGAUUAUACCAACGGCACUGUGUGCCAGUUCCAAACCAAGUUCCCCUCUGAGCUGGAGACCAGGAUUGACAAACAGCAGUUUGAGGAGACAGUGCGGACACUGAAUAACCUCUAUGCUGAAGCGGAGAAGCUGGGAAGCCAGUCAUAUAUUGAAGGCUGUUUGGCCUGCCUCACAGCGUACACCAUCUUCCUGUGUAUGGAGACUCACUAUGAGAAGGUUUUGAAGAAAAUUGCAAAGUACAUUCAAGAGCAGAACGACAAGAUCUACGCACCACGAGGCCUCCUGCUCACUGAUCCCAUCGAGAGAGGCCUGCGAGUCAUUGAAGUCACCAUCUUUGAAGACAGAAGUCUGACCAGAUAAAAGCUGCCACGCAGCUGUUUGACUGAGUGGAGCGACAGGGUGUGCAGCAGCCCAGCACCAGUGUCCACCUCCCUGAGGACCACCCAGACCUACACCCUUAACACCGCGUCUCUACAAUCUAUCCCUUCGUACUAACCAUCAUGUGCAUGUCCCAUAUAGAGUGUUUGUUAUGACCAAGUUUGAAAUUUCAUGUCUUAUCCAAUUUGUUUUUUUAUUAUUAUUAUUUGUGACAUCCCUUUCCCUAUUCAUAAUUUCAGGGUUAAAGUCUGUUGUUUGUAUUUAGUUGGAAAAAUUAAAAGGAUGUCAUAGUAAAACCGAUACACUUGCUAACACAAUUUACAGACAUGAGUAACUAUCCUUUAUUUUGGAUUGAAAUCAACUUUUGGAAUUCUGAACUUUUCUAUAUUUCCUUUCUUUUUUUGGACACUCCUUUUUGAAUAAUGAAGCCAACACACAGGGUAAGUUAUGUUUAGGAAGGAUUAUGGAACUCACCCACAUCCAUGCUUAAAGUCAUUGUCAAGGCUGAACUUUGGAUAUAAUUGAAUCCAAAAACAGAGAACUCUGUUUAUUUAGUGUGAUUUGCUGCACGUGCCACACCUCACUGUUUGUUUGUUUUAUUCGUAUUCAUGUAUUCUUGCACGGUUGCUUAUUGUCUUUUCUGCAUGUUACCUUAGUAGUGUUUGACUUAAUAGCUAACUGACAGCUGAACUUUGUCAGGAUUCAAACAUUCCAAUCAGACUGUCUGAUUCAAACCCUAAGUCAUCUUUGAUUUAAAAUGAAAACCAAACCAAAACUUGUUCUCGCUCUGUAUUUAGCAUUUAAUGUUGUUAAUGUUAUUUUUUUUUUUUUUUUUUUUUUUGGGAAACUGUGCUAUGCAUAGUGUUUAGUGACUACUGUUGGUUUUUGACUCAUGUAUAAUUAGCCUGUAUUCAUAUAUUGUAGUAUUGUGAGAUUGCCUUGACCGAUGUAUUAAAAGUGCUCUUGUUAGUUGCCAGUGCCUGUAAUGGCUUUGAAUGUUGCCUAUGUUAAAGUCUAAAGGCCUGGUCACACCGGUAUUUAAAACAAUGAAAGUGAUUUUGAUUUAUUCCAGUGUAAACAAUGCUAUAAGGAUUCUCCUGCAGGUAAAUCAGCACAAAUAUUCUGCACUGGGCUCAACUAGGACGAGCUAAGCUAACUCACCAAUAGCAAACAUGUUAGCUCUGAGAGUUUUAUUUGCUCUCUUUGGUAACUUGAACUGAACACAGUGGUGGAUGGAAGUAAACAGAAAGCUCAGUGGGAAAGUAGAGAAAGUCUCCAACCAGACUGGGCUAGCCCCAGAGUUAGCAGUUAGCUCGCCAGCUGCCGUGGCUCAGCACGGGGGCUUGCAAGUAGUCACAACAUCCCCAAGUUUCUAGUCUUUUGAAUUAAUGUAACUGUAACACUUUCUGGUGUGACUGGGCCUUCAUUGUGAAAUCAUGUGAGUCAGAUCAAGGCUUUGUUCACUCAUUGCUAACAAGCAUCUAAAGCCUAAGAUCAUGAUGUAAUGUUAUUGAAACCUUAACAGAGGUUGAUUAUGCUGUAGUGUAUAUGGCUGGUAAUGUUUAUGAAAUGAAAUGACCACAUGUACCAGUAUAGAUUUUUGAAUGGCAUAGCUAAAAGAUCAACAAUUGAUUUAUAUUUAUGUAAAUAAUAUUUCAUUAAUAAAGCUGGAUUUAGCUUGUA